AGAUGACCGAGAACCGAUAACAGUUCAGCAGAGCAACAGCCGUGCCGUCGAUCAGGAUAAAUAGCGGGCUUCUUCUUCUAUUCGUGUGUUGUUGAUUCUACAGAUUUUGCUGUUACUGGUUUAUUUACUGCGACUAUGACUGGCUUUCCUGUGAAACUAUACGUGUAUGAUCUGUCCAAAGGUCUUGCUCGACAGAUGUCGAGACAGCUCGUUGGCAAACAGAUAGAUGGUGUAUGGCAUACCAGUGUCGUCUACAAUAAUGUUGAGUACUACUACGGCGCCGGCGUGCAGACCGCAGCUCCCGGUUCUACGCACCACGGCCAGCCCUUGGAGAUCGUCGACAUGAGCGAGAGCUCGCUCCCGGAGGACAUCGUGCGGGAAUACAUCGGCUCGCUUGCCGAAAUCUACACACAGGAGAAGUACGACCUGUUUAUGCACAACUGCAAUAACUUCUCCCAAGACCUGUGUCAGUUCCUCGUCGGUCGCGAUAUCCCGCCACAUAUCUCAAACCUGCCGCGCGAGGUCUUGGAGACUCCCUUUGGACAGAUGAUGAGGCCCGUGAUUGAGAACUCGCUAAGACCAAUCACGACAGCGCCUUCAUCAGCGCCAUUCUCACAGACUCCGACGCAGGCUCCGGCAAGGGCUCCGCAACAGCAGACACCUCAGGCGGGGCAGCACGCGGUUAUCUAUACCACUUCCGCGUCAGAGCUCGACAACAUGAUCAAGACUAGCAAAUGUUCAACCGUCUUCUUCACUUCCGCCACUUGCGGCCCUUGUCGGAUUGCUUACCCCAAGUACGAUCAGCUUGCUGAGGAAUACGGUGACAAAUGCAAGUUCAUCAAGGUCGACAUCAACGACGCCUACGAUAUCGCCACGCGGUGGAGAAUUUCCGCCACACCAACAUUCAUGACCUUUAUCAGCGGCGAAAAGCUCGAUGAAUGGAAAGGUGCCUCGCCUCCGACUCUUGAGAGUAAUGUCCAGAUGCUCCUACAGGCUGCGUAUCCUGUCCACCCGCAUCGGCGUCUGCGCCUGCCGAUUCUCCUCGGUACUCCCAAUACGCCAAUCAGCUACGCCAAGCUACCCCCACUCGACAAGAUUGUUGCAAAGCUUGCCGGUGCUGGAAUUAAUGAUCCGAUUAUCAGUCAUAUUGCGGAUUUUGUGCGUCUGCGCAGCACAGAGGGAGCGCGGGAAGCUCCUGUGCCUGACCUAUCGGCGUGGGCGGCGUUUGUGCAGAAAAGUCUAGCCAGCUCGGAAAGCGGAAGCGGAGAGAAUUUGUUUCCUAUUAUUGACUUGUUCAGAAUUGCAGCUGUCGAUGUUCGCGUGGGCUCGUGGUUUGCAGAGGAGCACGAUCUAAACACUAUCAAGGUCGUCAUCGAUUUCAGUUCAAGAGAUGAAAGUCCCUUUCAGGUCCGUUUAGUUACUCUCCAACUGCUCUGCAAUCUCUUCAGCUCUCCUCUCUUUGCUCCUCUCUUGAUCUCAAAGCUAGGCGGCUCUCUUGCCCAGCUUGCUGCAAAGUCGCUACUUGACGACCACGUCAACGUCCGUCUAGCCGCUUCAUCACUCGCGUUCAACAUCGUUGCCUACGGUCAGAAACGACGAGCGUCAGACUCAGAAGAGGUACUUCUAGGCCAAGACAUUGGAAUCGAGUUGAUCGUAGCUUUGAUUGAAGGUAUCGGUCGAGAAGAAGAGUCAGGACCUACGCUGGGCAGGCUUUUGCUCUCGUUGGGUCUUAUAUUUUACUGCGCUCCGCUGGAUAAGGAGAUUGGUGUCGAGGCGAUGGAUAUCUGUGCCAGUCUUGAUGCUUAUGCGACAGUUAAAGGGAAGAAGACCUGUAAGGUUGCGGAUAAGAAGCUGUGCGAUGAGGUUAUGCAGCUUUUAACUAGACCCUGAUGAUGUGCUACCUCUACUACUUGUGAUCUCGAAGUUUAAGAUAUAGUCAUGAGCAUUUUGCGCCAUAAUUAACUAAAAAUAUAUGACUUUAAUACUCCAUC